AUGGCAUUCAGAAAUAAGUUUCAGGAAGAAGCAGCUGGAGCAGUGGCGGCACCGAAGAGAAAUGCAGCAGUCGAAGUAGCAAGUCCAAAAUUGCGUCGCUCCGAAUCAACUUCCUGUUCGCGAACCAAUCGCUAUAUAGCAGUGAAGAACCGUCGAUAUAUUGUAAUCAACUUGCUUGGUAAAGGCGGCUCAAGCUUGGUUUAUCAAGUACUGGAUGAGGAGCAAAAAAAGCUGCAAGCAGUGAAAUGUGUAGAUUUAUCAGAAGCUGAUGCUGCAUGUCGUAGUGCUUAUUUGAAUGAAAUUAAGCUACUUAUAAGAAUUGUACAUUCGGAUUUGAAGCCAGCAAAUUUCCUUUUGGUUGGUGGAAACCUCAAAUUGAUCGAUUUUGGAAUCGCAUCCGCUAUUCCGUCGAAUCGAACAUCGGUCAUGAAAGAUACACAGAUGGGGACGCUAUCAUACAUGCCGCCAGAAGCAAUCAAUAGUUCAUGUGUAACGACCGAAAAUGGAAAAGAACUCUACAGGGUAUGUUUUUUUUUAAAAAAUUUUCAAAACUGGCCUGAUUUUUUGAUGGGAACAAAAGUUAAUAGCUGA